AUGGCCGACAGCUUCACCGAGUAUAAUGGGCACGCCUCCACGGCGCGGCCGGUUCGCAAGAAGUUCGCCAAACCGCCUGUGAAGGUAGCUUGUUUGACUUGGUGCGCAAAUCCCGGACUCUUUUAUUAUGGGGUAUCCCCGCUAAUCUCUUCUAGUCGAGGGUCGAGAACACGAUGUGGCGGCCAGAUGCCCUCCUGUUCGAAUUGUGUUACUAAAAAUCUUCCAUGCUCAUAUCUUCCAAGCAAGAGAGGCGGUCCACGAAAAAAGAAGGAAAAGACUUCCAACUCCCCCGAAAAAGAGCCUAGGCAGGAUGAUGCGCAAUAUGUCACUAUGCCUUCGCCUCCGGAGUUUGAAGAUGUACCAGAGAUGUUCAAUCAAAUCGAUGACCUCUCCCUACCAGGAGCAGGGUUGCGACACCUUGAUUUUCAAUCUGAAAUGCCAUCUCUGUUCCAGGGUUUUUUCACCGGCGACGGGCAAUCACAUAUGCAAGUGCCAUCGAUGCCGCCAUCCAUGACCAGCUCUCAAUCCUUUGUAAGAACCUAUGGAAGUGAGCCGGAGAUAUUAAACGCCUACUACGAUUUCAUUCACAACUAUUUCCCGAUUCUACCACCACGAGUAUCACCACCAUGUCGAGAUCGACCCUUGAACAUCCCUGUUCCAGGCUCUACUACCUCUGAACCGACGAUGAUGUAUCGGCCCCGAUCACCAUUAAGUCUUGCCAUCUCUGCAAUUCUGGCAUUGAUCCCGCAUCCGAGUGACCUCGAACCAUCGUCCACAACAUCUGUUAUUCAACGCCGAGCCUACGCGCACAGUUUCGCCCAGCUUGCAAAUUCAACUAUCGAGGCCGAGUGUGAUCUCGACUUAUCAGCAACGGAUCCCGGUCAAGCAUUAUCUGCAACGAGGCCAUUCGUUGGACGGGAACGGUUCCAUUGUAGGACGCCUGUUGAUCUUGAGAGUCUUCUUGCCUUGUUGAUUCUUUCUGUUUAUGAAUAUGCGCAACGGGGUAAUCUGCUCAAGAUGAGAUAUCGAGCUGGUCAGGCUUUGGCUAUCGCUUUGGAUAAGUCACUUCAUGCGCAGAUGGGGAAUGAUGAGUUCUCAGAGGCUAGACGGAGAGCUUGGUGGUUGACGUAUUACUGUGUUAUGCAAGGAUCUAUUGUGAGCACGACGAUGCCUGCCAUUGUCAUUAAUGAUCCCCAGUUCACGACACCAUACCCGUCGUUCUCAUCUGAUACCGAGGGUUGGUCAAUUCUGAUACAGGCCCAACAAGUCUUAGUAUCAGCGACUCAGUUCAUCGGAGACCUCAACAAGUGCGUUUCCUCGCAGUCAGGCAUGUACUAUAUGUUCGAACGCAUGCAACAGCUAGACGCAUGGACGACCUCUGUAAUUACCCAAGCAGAGCUACUCCCAAUUAUGCCCCAAUCCUCAGAUUUUGGUGACCACAACGAAUCCAUCACAGCCCAAAGUAUUCGCGCAAUAGCCCGAAUCAAAUUAGCCAGCGCGCAAAUCAAAACGCAUCGCUUCCGAGCCUUCUCCGACAUUCCAAUAUUCAUAAAAAGACACUGCGACCUCACAGCCGCGAACGCAGUCGUAAACCCACCAACGGCCUCGGACAAACCAACUCACUCCAACAUAGCGUCGGGAAUAAACCACGUAACUUGCUCGUGCAGCAGUCUAGACACAUUCCGACGAGCCGCCUCAUCAGAAUAUAUGACACCUUCCGACUCAUCAACAACAUCCUCCGAAAUGCCCCCAGAACUCUCCAGCAUGUCCAACCCCUAUGUACCCCAAUACUCGCAGUAUCCCUUCGCCUCCGGCUUCCCCUACAGCACGCAACAAUCCGCCAAAAUAUGCCUACAGGCGUCCCUCGUUAUCUCGCGCAUGUUCCAGAGUCUGCCUAUCCCGCAGCCGCUUUCUGAUAAUCAUAUUCAGAGUCAGCAGCGGGGGUCUCUGCCGCGCACUAUGCCUUCUUUCGCGUGUUGUCUUAUGCAGAGUAGCUAUGCUAUGUUCAUGAUCUUCUAUAAGGCUCGUGUGGCGAAGCAAUUCGAUGCUGAUGGUGAACGAGGCGGGGACUCUACUGGUCAACUCAUUGAGGAGUUGAGGCAAGGGUUGCAGAGGAUUCUUGCUGCCGUCUCGAAUUAUUCGAUUGCUUUCGAGGCGAUGGAUGGGAUGAGAGAUGAAAUCGAAGGUGCAUAUAAAACGGCGUUCCCUGCAUGA